CAAGCAGUGACGCACUGACUGACGUGAACACCGGAAGUGGGCAGUGAAGGGUGUAGGGUGGCUUCAUUCCCGGUGUAGCACGAUUAACUGUCCCCCGGAAACCUAUACCCUCCGUACCAUUUCCUACCCAGGAAGUAACAGGGAGUACACCCCUAGUCCGGCUGUGGCAGACGUUACCGGUGAUAGUGAGCCAUGGAAGAGGGAAAGAGGAUGACUCGGAAUAUGGCAAAAACCGCCGCCAGCCUUGAGAAAAACGCAUAUAAUGACCAUCAAAAACGAUCACGAAAUGUUCCAGGAUCUGGAGACCGUCACGACAAUGAAGAACCUGUUGUUUCGGUCCGUCCUUCAAUCAGAUCAUUUGGAAAAGGUAAAAUGAAAGAAAAAAAGGCCACAAAGACUGAAAGCUCUGACUCGGAAUCAGAUGAUGGCAGUGAUUAUGAUAGUGAGGGAAAUUUCAGAGAAGAACCCAAGAGACCUCCAUUCUCAGAAGAUGAAGAAGUAGAAGAAAAGGGAAACCGUCAUCAACAAAGAGACCCUGUAAAUUCAACACUGGACUUUGACACGAGACCUCAAAACCGCUUUUCUGAUGUUGAAGAUGAAAGAAAGAUAUCCUGUCAGCAAAGAGGUGGUGUUAAGUACCAGAGAAGCGUUGUAAGGCGUUCUCAGGCUACCGGCAAGUAUUUCUUCACUUCUAUUUCCCUGUCUUUGUCUUUAUGUUGGCUGCAUGUGACUCUCCUCCACUCUAUUCCAUUUGCUGCUUUUUCUCAGGCACAGGCUCUUGUGCUAUCUGUAUUGUAGAGACUGUGCUUCUAG